AUGAGGCUAACAAAGGCUGAUUUCACACUUGGGUCAAUGGCUCCCUCAAAUGUUGUCAAUGGGAGAUACGCUUCCAAUUUAGUACAUACAAAUAACUACUAUCUCAUUUUCAACAAUGUCUUCCAAAUGGCCACGUAUUUGCAGCAAUUCAUGAAAGACCAACCAGUAAUCAAUGAACAGCAUAUAAACCUGGCUCUUUGUAAUGAUUUUGUUACCCAUCUAAGAUUCAUAUACCCGGAGGUAUGCCCUGACCUGAGUGAUUUACCACUUCUAUUUGAGUAUGGACUCAAAUCUAAAAAGAUAAAGAAUCAAAAGGGGAAAUACAAAUCAGUAUCUAAAAUAUGCGGGAAACUUGUCACCUCUAGAAUUGAUGCUGUACGAAGGUACCAGGAUCCUUCCAUUAAAUGCCUCUUUGAAGCAGCGAGAUCAUUCUACACACAUGAACGAGACAUGGUAAAACAGAUUAACCGAUCCCAUUGUGUCAUUCUCAAUGGGGUUCCUGCAAAUAUACAUAAAAACAAAAUCCUUGAUUUCCUAUGGGACCUGCAUUGGUCUAAUGAUGAAAAUACUUGUAUUCGGAAGUUCAACCUCACUCCGAAUGGGUUGUUCUGUUCCUACGUUCUUGUUUUUGAAGAUGAGACUAGUUCUCGGCGAUGCAUCGAAAGAACAGACAGGCAGCAUUUAUUCUAUGACCAUUGUCUCCCUCUAGUAACAGCCGAAGCACUGUAA